UCACCAAACGGACAGUAAAAAACACAAUCAAAUAUACAAAACAGGCUAAAGUCACCAAACGGACAGUAAAAAACACAAUCAAAUAUACAAAACAGGCUAAAGUCACCAAACAGACAGUAAAAAACACAAUCAAAUAUACAAAACAGGCUAAAGUCACCAAACAGACAGUAAAAAACACAAUCAAAUAUACAAAACAGGCUAAAGUCACCAAACAGACAGUAAAAAACACAAUCAAAUAUACAAAACAGGCUAAAGUCACCAAACAGACAGUAAAAAACACAAUCAAAUAUACAAAACAGGCUAAAGUCACCAAACAGACAGUAAAAAACACAGUCAAAUAUACAAAACAGGCUAAAAUCCACUAAAGGCCAGAGGCAGAUCAAAGACCAUUAGAAAAAAGCCGUUUCCUCUCACAUGUUGUGAGCUCUCAGAUACACAGUGGGUCUUCAGGACAGUUCAGUUUUGGAACAAGAACAAUCCUAGAAGCCUUCAAACACAAGGAACAGUUUGAAGUUGAAGAGACAACUGGAAAAUACCAGAGAAAGAGUGUGCAGACGUGUGCCCAGGUCUGGAGGACAUGAAACUAAAGCCCAUCAGGUUCAGGACUUGUGCUGUUAUGAAGACCUCUGAACGUUUCAGGAGCUUCAGGAGUGCAUGUGCAUGUUCAGACAGUUGGAUCAGUUCAGUCCAGUUUAAACCGGCUCAGUCCAGGUUUUGAAUAAAGAACAGGUCUGGACCCAGUCACACAUUCAGCCGGGUCUGAUUCUAAUGGGAUUUUUGUUCAACAGAUCUGAUGACUUUGUUUUGGGUUUUUUUUCCACUCUUUCGAUCAUUAGUCACAUUUGAAUUAACUGUAAAUGAGUCGUCUGUUAUGCGUCUGUAGGCGUCUUCUUUGUCUUCGUCUUCUUCUUGGUCUUCGUCACCUGCUCCUUCACCACUUCCUGUUUCCUGUCGUCGUUUACACUCAAACACACAAGCCUUUCCCUCCAUUCGACGCCACCAUCAUUCUGUCCUACAUUAGACCGGUCCAGGUCCAGAUCCAGAUCCAGAUCCAGAUCCAGGUCCAGAUCCAGGUCCAGGUCCAGGUCCAGGUCCAGGUCCAGGUCCAGGAUGGAGGUCUACAUGUGUCUGUUUCUUGCGUCCGUCGUCCCCGUGGCAGAGGCGGCCCUGGUGAACUUCUACGACCCCCUCCUCUGUUACAUCCUGGAUGGAUUUCUGGGAGUUUAUGGACUGUUCAUCACAGCCAUGUUCAUUAAGGAGAAGUUUUUCAAAUCGAAGCUGAAAACAGACGACGGCAUCUACAGCGAUCUUACGGGUCAGGACACGACCGGGUACGACCGACUGAGGCCCAGGGACCCUGAACGAGGACGAACUCGUGGUCAUGACGACACCUACACGGACUUGAAUCCUCGAAUAGAAGGAGAAUAUAAGGAACUACCUGUGAGAGAGGUACAGACUGAACUGUUUACAUCUGUUUACAUCUGUUUACAUCUAUU